AUGUCUGAUCUUCACCUUGAAGUCGGUCAGCAGUAUUCGAGUUUCCAUAUCAAACCUCGUGCCACGCGUCUGAUUCUAGCCGGCGAUAUCGGACGGCUAGCAGACUAUGAAGCCUUUCGCGACUUUCUUAGCACCCAGUGCGGGCAAUUCACCGCAGUCUACCUCGUUCUCGGAAACCAUGAAUUCUUCGGCGUCUCACGUCAGGAAGGACUGCGUCGAGCGGAUAGGCUUCAUUCAGAGCCAGUGAUGAAUGGUAGAUUGAUCCUAAUGAACCGAAAACGGGUUGACCUACAAGAUGUCACACUUUUGGGCUGCACAUUGCACUCGCAAAUAUUGCCCGAGGCAGAGGAGAUUGUGGGUCACAAGGUUAACGACUUCCGUCGGAUUGUGGACUGGACCGUUGCAGAUCAUAUUGCUGAACAUUUAAAUGACGUGAAGUGGUUGAUGGAUGAAAUCACUCGUAUCAGAAGUACAGAAGCCGGUUUGAAGCAGAAGAUCAUUGUGAUCUCCCAUCAUGCCCCUUCAACCAAGGGAACCUCUAGCCAUUCUAAUGAAGGUAACCUAUGGAGCUCAGCUUUUGGGACGGAUCUGCUUCAGAGCAAUGAAAGAUCGUGUCUCGAUGAUGUGCAGUGGUGGAUCUAUGGCCAUACACACCACUCCACUGAAUUGACUCACGGGGAGCUCGGGGUAGCGCUUCAAAGCCAGUCCAACAAAGAGGAGAUCGAACUCGUCUUUCUUUGCUGGAGUUUGCUCCCAUCUAUGCUGGGGUAUAUUGCGAAAUCGCUUGCAAGGCCAGCAAGCCCUCCAAUUGACGUUAACAAUCAUGUUCUUCACUUCCUCCAACACUUUGAUGAGUGUCGCAGCAACAAAGUACCCAGCCUCAAUAAACAGAGAGGUCUUCCAUUUCCUACUCACAAACCAUGCUUAACCCUCAUUACCAUCAUUCCCGUCAUGGUUCGCAGGCCAUCAGAUACCCAUUAUAGUAUCAAUAACUCAUGGCUACAACGAACUUUCACUCUUAUCUCUAUUGCUCUCCUGCGCCCAUUCAGACCAUGCCAGGGAGGCGUUCUCAUGCUCACUUCCAAUCUAUGUGUGAAAUACGGGCCAUCAAGGCAUAUCUCGGAGGCUGAGGCGAUGGCCUACGUGGCGCGUCACACGUCUAUCCCAGUACCAAGGGUCCUCUGCGCCUUCAAAAAGGGAGGUGUCACUUACAUUUUGAUGGAAAGAAUCAAGGGGGUUAGAGUUGGGAAAAUUUGGGCCUCCAUCUCAGCGCAGGAGAAGGAAUCCCUUCGAUCACAGUUACGCCGCUUUCUCGCAGACCUUCGAUCUCUCUCCCCACCACGACCUGGGCACAUCGGCGACGUCAAUUAUUCAGAGUUAUAUGAUGAUCGUAUAUACUCUGGGGGGUUUGGGCCUUUUACGAACUCCCGAGACUUCAACCGGUUUCUGCGACAUGAUGUGAUCAAACCUGUAAAGGAUGCUGAGUUGGAUCAGCUAAUAAGCGACCAUGAGAAGCAGGAGUAUAAGACAUGCUUCACGCAUGGUGAUCUGAGUUCCUAUAAUAUAUUGGUAAGAGAUGGUUGUGUGGUAGGAAUCAUUGACUGGGAGAUGGCUGGAUGGUACCCUGAGUAUUGGGAAUAUACCUCAGCAUGGCAUGUCAAUCCCUACGAUGAGUGGUGGAGGCCAGAAGUGGAGAAUAUCCUGAACGCGUACCCAGCAGAACUAGAGAUGGAAAAGUCCCGCCGAAAGUUGUUUCCCAUGUUCUGA